UUAGAUGUUCAAAGGAGAAAGAAAGCAUGUUUAUCUGCAAUGCCCAAUGGCUUUGUUUUCCAUUAUAAUAUUAUAUGGCGACGAGGAAAAUCGUUUACUUAAACCCUUACUUAGCCUCCUCGUCUGCAUUGAAUUCUUUCUCAAGUGUUUUUCAAUUCCACCUAACUUCCUUCCCUAUUUGGCCCUUUCAGAUCUUUUUAGUGCCCCUUCGCCGCAUACCUUCUUCUAUAUUAUUCUCAUUUCUCACUUUCGUAGCUACUUGUACUGUUUUCUUUCUCAUUUGGGCUCGAUUCAUCUCAUACAUAUCCAGAUUUGUGCUUAUUUUCAUCUGGGGUUUCUCUAUACUUGCAUUUUUUUUGCACUAAUGGCUCCAUUUUUCUUUCUUUGAGGUCUUGUAUCACAUUGUAGUUUCUCUCCUCUUGGUUCUCCUGGAUCUGGGUGUUGCUGAUUUGAGUUUAUUGUGGUGAAGUUUUGUUUUCUGGCUUCUGGGUCUUUUGCACAACUUGAAAUUAGUUUUGGGUUUGUGAGAUCUAGUCCAUUGGGGGGUUUUUGAGUGAUUUUUGAAUAUGGCUUAUGACCAUUUGGAUCCAUCUAGAGAAUAUCCUGAUGCUUCUGGACCAGGUCCAGUUUCAAGGCCUGCACCAGAACUGAAGGUGUAUCAGUUCUUUGUUUUCUGUAUUCCUAUCCUUUGCACUUUCAUUCUCCUAUUCCUUUUCUACCUUCUUUAUCUUCGUCGCCGAAGGGCUGAUUGGGCUUCCAUUAGAAUGCGAACUUCUCCGCUCAACAACAAUGAUAUCUCUACAGAGUCUGAAGCUGGGCUGAAGAAGGAAUUCAGGGAGAUGCUGCCCAUUAUUGUGUACAAUGAGACAUUCUCUGUCACCGACACGCAAUGCUCAGUCUGUUUAGGGGAAUACAAAACAGAAGAUAAGCUUCAGCGGAUACCAUCAUGUGGGCAUGUAUUUCACAUGGAUUGUAUUGAUCACUGGCUUUCCAACCAUGCUACUUGCCCACUCUGUCGUCUCUCGGUCCUGUCUCCGUCUAAACCACCACAUAUUCAGGUCGACAUCGGACUCAGAUCGUCCAACGAACGAGAAUCCAAUCAAGAAUCUCCUCAACAAGGCAAUCAAACUCAUCAGCAAACAAGGCCUCCGGUGUAAAAUCACGGAAGGAGCUUUCGAGGAGAAAGACUCAUUCAUCGCUGCACUAAAAAAGGACCGAUGAUAUAUGCAGCUUUGAAUAAUUCCUCGAGAGAAUACGGCCUGCCCGAGGUAGAAAUCGGGACAUAGAUCGAUGUUCCAUCAAUGUCACCGAGACCCGGGUUUGCAAGCUAGAUCAAGUGGCAUUUCAAGACUGCAGUAGGAGGGAGGACCAAGACCUUUCAAAGUACUUCCUUCCAACAAACAGAUCAGGAAGCACUUCUUGUUCUUGCCAUCACCAAUUAGAAACAUGCUGCACUGCUCUUUGUUGAACUUUCUGGUUCCAAUUCUCUGUUUUUGAGCAUAUUGGGACCACAAUGGCAUAAUAGACCCAAAAAAUCCAAAUAUGUAAUCUAUGAACUCAUAAUAUAUAAUAUACAAAUUGUGAUAAGGUUGUAUUUGACUA